UUAUAGCCCAUUUUAACCGAAAAAUAUAUAGUCCGAAGCGUCGGACGGUAAAAAUCAACAAGCCUUUCGAGUGGUAGAGUCAAACAGUACCUCCGAGGCUACUUUUGGUCGGAUUUUUCAGGCGUUUAAGAACUCAGAGCACCAAAAGCAAGCCAAACCAACGCUGUUCGUCCGGCACAGUCGAACCCUGGUUUCGCUUCUGCUGCCCUCCGGACUUUAAUCCUCUUACAUCGAAACAGAAAUCCCAAGCGAUAAAUAAGACAGAAAAGAAGAAGAAGAAGAGAUAGGAAGAGAGGGAGAUAAAGGAAGGCAUGGGAGAUCUAUUCAUAUGGCUUAUUUCUUUCUUCAUCCUCAUUGCCCUUCUUGUUCUCAUUGUUUAUCAGCUCAUGUGCUUGGCUGAUUUAGAGUUUGAUUACAUCAAUCCUUACGACUCUUCAUCACGGAUAAACAAAGUGGUCCUGCCGGAAUUUAUCCUCCAAGGAUUUUUAUGUGUAUUCUAUCUAUUAACGGGACAUUGGGUCAUGGCGCUCUUAUGUGGUCCAUAUUUAUACAACAAUGUGAGACUUUACACACAGAAAAAGCACCUGGUAGACGUUACAGAGAUAUUUAACAUGCUUCCCAGGGAGAAGAAGCAGCGCCUUUUUAAGCUUGGCUAUCUUGUCCUUCUCCUCUUUUUCUCCUUAUUCUGGAUGAUCUGGUCUACAUUAGAAGAUAUGGACGAUUAAUCAGAGACAACAGCUUUCUUAACUUAAAGCAUUUAGUGCAUUGGACAUUCACACUCUUUUUUCUUAAUCAUAUUUCAACUUCUGUCUGUUGUAAACUGAUAUAGCAUAAAUUUCAAGGUUGUAUGAUUUGUGAGAAUUUCAGUUUAUUUUAGUUAUAUAUAUAUAUUCGGGCAUUUGUUA